CGUUGUACACAAAUAUGAUAAGCAACUAGUACUAUGGAAGCAACAUUCUAUUAAAAAGAACAAGGAUUUUGAAAGCUUACGGCCAACAUCGAAAGAGAGGCGAUGCCCUUAUCCUUUGAAAGGUUUCAAGGGGAGGGGGUGUUUGGUUUAUCUUCUUCUUUCUAUUCAGAUUCUCCUAAAAUCUGGUCCAAUCAAGACAAACCCGAAGCAAAACAAGAUCUUGGUUAUGUUGUCGGUGGUCUUUUACCGGAGCCGACGUCUGUUCUCGACGCUUUAAGGAGUCCUAGUCCUCUCGCUUCUUAUUCUUCUACCACCACCACGCUGUCUUCCUCUCACGGCGGUGGUACCACCGUCACCAACACCACCGUAACCGCCGGUGAUGAUAAUAGUAAUAAAUGUAGUCAGAUGGGUUUGGAUGAUCUUGAUGGUGUUCUCUCUGCUUCUUCUCCUGGUCAAGAACAGAGUAUCUUGAGACUUAUCAUGGACCCGGGUUCUGGAUUCGGUGUUUUUGACCCGGGCUUUGGAUUCGGGUCUGGUUCCGGGCCUCUGCCGGUGAGUGAAAAUUCGAAUCCUUUGUGUAGCUUCCCGUUUCAAGAGAUUGCGAAUCCAGCAGAAGCUUUGAUCAAUCCUACAAAUCACUGUUUGUUCUCUAAUCCUCCGUUAUCUCCACCGGCGAAACGGUUUAAUUCCGGAUCUCUUCAUCAACCGGUUUUCCCUUUCUCGGAUCCGGAUCCGGGUCACGACCCGGUUCGUCGUCAGCAUCAGUUUCCGUUCCCAUUUCCGUUUCACCACAACCAGCAACAACAAAUGCCGUCUUCUUCUUCGGCGGUGGCUAUGGUUCCGGUUCCGUCGCCGGGAAUGGCCGGCGAUGACCAGUCAGUCAUCAUCGAGCAGCUGUUCAACGCGGCGGAGCUAAUCGGAACCACCGGAAACAACAAUAACGGCGACCACACCGUUCUCGCGCAAGGGAUAUUGGCGCGGCUCAAUCACCAUCUCAACAGUAACCAUAAGUCUCCGUUUCAAAGAGCGGCUUCUCACAUCGCUGAAGCUCUCCUUUCACUCAUCCACAACGACGCAUCACCACCGUUAAUCACGCCGGAGAAUCUGAUUCUCCGAAUUGCCGCUUACAGAUCCUUCUCCGAAACCUCGCCGUUUCUCCAAUUCGUUAACUUCACAGCGAAUCAAUCGAUUCUUGAGUCCUGCAACGAAUCAGGGUUUGAUCGGAUCCACAUUAUCGAUUUCGACGUUGGAUAUGGAGGACAAUGGUCAUCUCUAAUGCAAGAACUCGCCCCUGGAGGAAGAAGAAGAAACAGAGCAUCAUCUCUGAAAUUAACAGUCUUUGCUCCUCCUCCUUCAACAGUCUCCGACGAGUUCGAGCUCCGGUUUACAGAGGAAAAUCUCAAAACUUUCGCCGGAGAUGUCAAGAUUCCGUUUGAAAUCGAGCUGCUAAGCAUCGAGCUUCUUUUAAACCCAGCUUAUUGGCCACUCUCUCUCCGUUCAUCGGAAAAAGAAGCAAUCGCAGUGAAUCUUCCCGUAAACUCCGUCGCCUCCGGUUACCUUCCGUUAAUCCUCCGUUUCCUUAAACAAAUCUCACCAAACGUCGUCGUUUGCUCAGACAGAGGAUGUGACCGUAACGACGCGCCGUUUCCAAACGCCGUGAUCCACGCGCUUCAGUACCACACUACUCUGCUUGAGUCUCUUGAUGCUAAUCAGAAUCAGGACGAUUCGAGUAUCGAGAGAUUUUGGGUUCAACCAUCGAUUGAGAAGCUGUUGACGAAACGACACCGUUGGAUUGAAAGAUCUCCACCGUGGAGAAGCUUGCUCACACAAUGUGGGUUUUCUCCGGCGAGUUUGAGUCAGACGGCGGAGGCUCAGGCGGAGUGUUUGUUGCAGAGGAAUCCGGUGAGAGGGUUUCACGUUGAGAAAAGACAGUCUUCACUUGUCAUGUGUUGGCAAAGGAAAGAACUUGUUACUGUCUCUGCUUGGAAAUGUUAGAAGAAGAUGAAACCACAAAAUCUCUCUAAGCUAAUUUCUCUGUUUUUCUUUUUUCAGAUUUUAAAUGUUGUUAUGUUGUUCAAUGUUGUUCUUAGUUUCGACUUUGGUACUUGUUUUAACAUUUUAAGGAAGUCAGGAUAUAUAAUCAAAAUCUCCUUUUGUU